GAAUCCAGAAGACCUCGGUGUAUGCGGUAAUUAACAUGUUUUCUAGCUAACUAUCCAGAGUGAAAACUACCUCGCUGCUGUUUAUCUCCUACACUGACCACUAACCUACAGUCUUUGAAAUCUUAAGUCUCAUAUCACAUUGAACUGACGAUGAAGGACCGACUGGAACAACUAAAAGCGAAGUCGGAUCAAACUCCUGAUGAUGUGGAAAUUCCGGUGGAUAAUAAAGAAUUUAUGGAUGAGUUCUUCGCUCAGAUUGAAGAAAUCCGCACCAGUAUUGACAAGAUUGAUGAAAAUGUAGGCGAGAUAAAGCGACUGUAUUCUGUCAUCCUCUCUGCACCUACAUCAGAACAGAAGACACAGGAUGAAUUGGAAGCAGUUACCAAUGAGAUAAAGAAACUGGCCAACAAUGCUCGUAACAAACUCAAAAGCAUUGAGCAGAGUUUGGCAUCUAACACUGAAGAGAGGGUUUCAGCAGAUAUCCGGAUAAAGAAAUCUCAGCAUGCUAUUCUUGCUAAGAGAUUUGUAGAAGUGAUGACCAAAUACAAUGAAGCCCAAUUGGAGUUUAGAGAGAAGAGCAAAGGGCGCAUCCAAAGACAGCUGGAGAUCACUGGCAAAGCCACAACUGAUGAAGAGCUGGAGGAAAUGCUGGAUGGCGGAAAUGCUGCAGUAUUCACAGCAGGAAUUAUGGACUCUGGGAUAUCAAAACAGGCACUAAGUGAGAUUGAGGCACGACACAAAGAUAUUAUGCGACUGGAGAGCAGCAUAAAAGAGUUGCACGACAUGUUUGUGGACAUUGCAGUACUGGUGGAAAAUCAGGGAGGCAUGAUUGACAGGAUUGAGAGCAACAUGGACCAGUCUGUGGGUUUUGUUGAAAGAGCCGUGGCUGACACUAAAAAGGCUGCAAAGUUCCAACAAGAAGCACGCAGGGUGAGUACAACAAUUGUGUCAUAUAAUAAAUUACACCUUUACUUAGUAUAUUUUGUACUACAUGUAGACUACCAGUGCUGAGAUUCUUAAAUUGAAUUUUUCUUGUAGCAUUUUUCUUUAUUUUGAUUUUCCAUCUUCUAUUUUUCUUCAUGCAUUGAUGUCCUCUUUUUCUUCCUCAUAAUUUUAACCUCAUCUCUGUGUGUCUGUUCUCUACACCUUCUAAAUCUCUUCUUCCCAAUCAUCCUUUCCCCUUGCUUUCCUCCACUAUCAUUAUAUCGUUAUCAUGCUGUCACUGGCUG